AGCGAUUCGAGUAACUGACGUCAUCAACCCGUGUGUCAUCUUGAACCACAUUAUAACCGCGGUACAUAACACAGAAAUUUUGGUUAUUCGCUUGGAUUUGAUUAUUUUUGUUCUUUGAGCUGGUUGACGUCUCUGUGACGUUUUGUGGUUAGAUUUCAAUCAACAAGAAUUGAUUUUGCCGCAUUUGUUUGAUCCUGUAUCCAAAUAAAAGAACUUUCAAUGACGAAUAUAGGAUUUAUAAUUAUCGCUAGUAUUAUGUAACUACUCUUUGAGUUACAAGUACCUGCGUAAAAGCUAGGAUAGUAAAAUCAACUCAAAAUGAGCAGGGAAAUGUCUCGAAAGAAAGAUGAGCUUCAAGAAAACUUCAUCGUUCAUUACAGUCUUAGUUUUAAGCAUGUUUGUUUACUGACUGUUUCUUGUCCUUUUUUAGCUCUGAUAGUCUGUUUUGUUACUGCAUAUAUUUUUCAAGGAAAUGAUAUUCAUGAAACUCAUUGCCGGGUUUUCAAUAUAGUCCCAUCGAUAAGUGCUAUAACAGGCAUAAGCCCUCAAAGGUAUCUCUGGAGAAUCAGUAUAGCAUUCCACAUCGGACCUAGAUUUAUUAUCUCUGCAGUAUCAAGAGCAUAUCAUCUUAAUCAAAUAAAUGAAGAGGCUCCUACUGAUCUCAAAAUUAAGGCACGAUUUUGGCUCAAUUUUGCAUUCUGGACUAAUCUUAUUGAGACUGGUGCUCUUUGUGGAGUUACUUAUAUUUCAAAUAGAGAAAACUAUCCUGUUCAUGAGAAGUUGUUCAUUACAUUCAUGGUAAGCAGCUUAUUACACAUGAUAGCGUGCAUCAAGGGGAAUAAAAUUGUGGCAAAGACAAGAAAUGACAUGCUUUGUAUGAGAAAAGCUUUACAACUGAAACAGACUUUGUUGAAUGUAUCGCUUAUCAGUACCAUUGGACUUGUUGUAUUCUUCCUAGAACACAGGCUACUAUGCCACCGAAUGGGUAUGUUAACCUUUGAAUGAAAACAAUCAUUUGUAAAACAUACACAAAAUACUUCAACUAACAAGUCAUUUAUCAGGGUUUCCAUUAGGAACUUGACAACUUUGAACUUUCACUGUGAACGCACCUUUAAAUCAAUUACCAAACUGUCAAUGUAAAAAUAUUUAGUAAAGUAAACAUUUCAUCAUGGUGAAGUACAUGAACAAACAAUGCUUACAAAUAAUUAAAAUUUAUUACUGAAAUUCCGAGUCGGACUGCAACUUUAUGAGCGUUAACGCCAAUAUUUGGUCGUAAUUCUCAUCCCAGUAGACAAGCAAUUCAUAGUCUAGUAAAAAAAAUUGAGCCCACAUAUUCGCUGCUGGAUGUUUCUGUGCCAGUGAGACAAUGGGUUGGUCGAAAUGCCGAGAACAGAACACGUAGAUUCCGCGGCGGUCUCAAGAAGUAAGCAUUGUUCAGACCACACUAUCGAGAAUUUUGCCAAGAGAUCUUGCACCCUUAUAAGAUUAAGUUAACUCAAGAACUAAAGCCGUCCGAUCGUAUGAACCGACGUAUGAACUCGAAUUGGGCUCUAGAAAUGUUGCAAGAAAAUGACCAGUUUCAUUGCAAAAUGAUCUUCAGUCAAGUCCUUAAUGGAAAACCCUUUAUUUAGAGGUGCUUUUUUCAAAGCAUAAAUUAUUAAAAACAGCUAUGUUGGAUUAUCUUCACUAGCAAACAAAAUAAGCAUCCAUGACAUUUGUUUUUUGUCAGACUUUAUUUCAGAUUUUUUUCCAGCAUUCAGCAUGUUUGCCCUAUGUGAAUAUGUCAUAGCUCUGGCAAAUAUGGCAUUCCACAUAACAGUGAUACUGGAUUUUCCCACAGAACAUUUCAUUGUAGCCAGAAACCUGAAUAUAUCUACCCAAACCAAACCCAAUGAAAAAGUCAAUUGAUAUGGCACCCUGUUCCUUGUGAAGUUUGUUAGUAGUUGAUAAAAUUUUAUAAAUACUAUUUAUACAAGGAUUGUCCCAGAGUUGGAUAAAUGUUUAAAGCGCUAUGGCUGAAGCACUAUAAAAUGUCUGUUGAUAUGUUUUGAUUAACACGGCAGGCUUCAGCCAUUAUGAAGCCUUGAAGACACACUGGAUAUUGAGACAACCCUGGUACAACAGUCAGUGAAUUAAAACCACCUUUGGAUCUCAUAUAUUGUCCAAAUAUAUUUGGGUAUUUUAAGCUACCCUGGGUACAAAAGCUGUGAAAAUAUUUUCAGUAGAACCAAUAUUAUCUAGGAUUUCAGUUAACCAGAGAAAAUGAAUGGUUCUUUGGUUAUUAAAUGUUUUCUUGGAUAAUUUACUCCGCCAAUUUUAUAAUACUUAAGACAGAACAUAUAGAUAAGAUAUCCAAAGGCUUAAUCAAUUCCAAAAUUUGGAAGAACCCUAUUUUAUGAAUGCCUCACGCAUUCCGUUUUCUAGUUAUCAAUGACUGUUUUAGCAACACUAUUUUUAAAAUACUGAAAACGUCUAAGAUAUUUCCCCACACGGGAUAUUACCGCAUUUUUAUCGACAUGUAUUUUAACCAAGUCUUCGCGUUCUUUCUGGUGUUUAUAUUUUUUGCUCAAGUCACAUUAGCUCAUCUAGUAAUUCAGAAUGAUAGUACGGUAUAGUCUUUAGUGAAGGCAUGUUUUACUCUUUUAUUAUUUAUUAGUAGCAAGUACUAUAAUUAAUCUUAAGUGGCCACUAUACUUGUCUAUAUUGUGUGUUAAAUCUUUUCUCAACGUAUCAUUUCUUUAGGAUGCCUCAGCAACCAGUAUUGGCGUUUCCUAUUAGAAAAAAUGUGAACCGCAAAAUUUAAUUUUGUGUUCACUAAAAUAUGGUACUUGAAGAUAUAGAUCUGUCAGUGUGAUAUUUUUUUAUUGAAUUAUUUGAUAUUUCUAAGUCUGAUCAGGUAUUGCUUUUAGAUACCUUUGUGCCAUUAUGUUAUUUGAUUUUUUAUUAUACUUUUUGGAUGAAUUUAGAUUUUUAAUAUAAAGGAAACAAAACUCUUGAAUGAAAAAAACUGAAACUGGAGGCAUAUAUAUGUGAUGUUUGUUAUUUUGUUAGGAUAUAUUUUGAGAUUUAAGAUGAUAGAAUGCUAUGAUGAAGCCUUGGAACAAUAGAUGGAAUGAUAUGGAGGUUCUGCACAGUGUGAUAAUGAAAUGCAGCUUACUCAAACUAACACUUUUUCGUUUUAAUUCAACUACCUCCCAUUGAAUGCUUAUAUGCUACUGAAUUCCACAAAGACAAUAAUUUGCUUCUGCUAAAUUCAUGUUGAUCAACUAUUACCAUUUGCUGUUGUAGUCCACCUAUUUUCCAAGUCUUGUACUCUACCAAUGGUGUUACUCUCAAAGUUAUACUGCCAUCUUCUUGAUAAAAUAUGAAAACACUAUUCAAUGCUGCCUGUCCAGCACCACAAUGAUCAGUACCAAUCAGUGGAAGAUUAAAUAAAUCAACUUUAAUGGCAACACCACACAAUUUUUUCGAAAUACUUGUAAACCUGAAGCUUCCUUUUCUGUGUUCAAAUUUUAAAAGUGCAUUUGUAAAUAUUCUUAGUGCAUUUUCAUUCAGCUUAUAAAUGCUUCCAAAUUUAAAAAAAAAGUUUUAUAUAAUAAUUUAUGAAUGUUAACUGUGGUAGUGAAUUAUUCACAAUAUUUUUUAGUCAAAUGACAUACUACUGAUCCAGUUUAUGGUUAUAGUCAAAAACAAGGUGAGAUUCUUGAAUGUGGCAUCUGUGUUGUCUAACAUUAAAUAGACCUUGCUAGAUUAGUAGAAUGUUUCCUAUCUUUUUGUUAGGAUAUAAUUUCUCAUAAUUUGUCUAGUCAUGAAAAUGUGUGUACUAUACAUAUCAAAAAUAACUGAAAAAUCUUA